CAGACAGGCAGAGUGUAAAAUGGCGCACAGCUGUCGGUGGCGCUUCCCUGCUCGGCCCGGAGGGAGCAGCAGCUCGGGCACCGGGAGGAAAGCGGGCCGAAUUCGGGUCACUGCUUCCCUCCGAAACAGCGCGGGGACACAUUCCAACGCGAAUGGGCUCGGGCCCGGUUACGACGCUGCGUUGCAAGUGUCCUCUGCCAUCGGCAGCAACCUGCAGAAAUUUCGGGAUGUUUUGGGGGAGUCGAGCGGCUCCAGCAGCGGGGAGGAAGAAUUUGGAGGCUUUAGUACAGUCAGUGACAACAGAAGAAUACACAGCCCAGGAAGGACAUCAAUAGGUCCCAUCACACCAGAAAAAAAGCCCAGAGGACGUCCUCCCAGGGCUCUGGCUGUGCAAAAGGUUGCCGCUAAUGUUGAGACAGCCCCUUUGCCUGUUGCCACAGCUCCUACAGAAAAGAUGAAGCGACCACCAGGGAGACCCCCUGGCUCUGGAGAAAAAAGAAGAGGCCGCCCUCCUGCUUCUGCCAGCCAAAGGAGCUUGCAACAGGGUGGGCAUGCACUGCUUGAAGAUGGCAGGAAUGCUGCACAGGAGAGCAGCUCCAGUCCUGCGCAUCGCAAGGACAUUGUGGAGGUCGAAGACAAGAAGAAAAGGCAAACUCCGAUUAGGUCUGGGCAGCAUCAGGGAUCUGACGCCAAGCUUCACAAAAUCAGCCGGGAAUCCAAGGUGACCAAACUGAAACGACUGCAGGACAUCAAACUGAGCCCAUUGAAGUCUAAGCUGAAGGCCAUUGUGAGGAAGGGUGUCCCAGUUUCUGGUGUGCAAAGACAGAGGCGGGGCAGGCCACCUUCUGCCGAGCGCCUUAAAGCUGAGGCUGCUGCCGCUGCUGCUCAGGCUGCUAUUGCCUCCUCGUUCCAGGAGUUGUCCUCUACAGCACCUGGGACUGGCAAACAUAAGGCCUUCAGGGUUCAUCGGGUACAAGAUUUGGGUCCCAGCACUCCACAUGAUCUCAAGCUCAGGGCCUCUCAUCCUGCUGAUGAAGGCACUAGCCCAGAUCCCAAUGACUCCCUUCCAACAGCCAAUUCUGUAACCCCAACUAAACUUGGAAGGCCAUUAGGAUUACGUCAGAGCCCUCGACAUAUCAAGCCUGUGCGGGUUGUGCCUCCCUCCAAACGUACUGAUGCCACUAUUGCAAAGCAGCUGCUGCAGCGGGCAAAGAAGGGAGCUCAGAAAAAGAAACUGUUAGAAAAAGAAGCUAUAGGCACCCAGGGCACUACAGGUCUUGAAGGUGGGCGGCACAGGAGGCGAACGCAGCUAACAAAUAUUAGGCAAUUUAUCAUGCCUGUUGUGAGCACAGUGUCCUUGCGCAUCAUCAAGACUCCAAAGCGGUUCAUUGAGGAUGAGGCCAGCUUCAACACUCCACCACAACACAUGAAAAUUGCACGAUUGGACUUGGCGGCAUCUGCCUCAGCACCACAACCUAUAGCCUCAUCCUCCCCUGCUCUUCUUUCCACAGCUCUGGUCACAAGUGGAACUGCUACCACACCAGGGGCGGGACCCACUGUUGACUCUCUCCCUCCCCCACUCCCCCCUGUCCCAACACCUAGCAUCACCGCCGUUGCAGCUAGUCUUCUUAACAGCAGCUGCAACAACAGCACUAGCAACGGGCGCUUCAGUAGCAGUGCAGCAUCCUGUGGCUCCAGCGCUGUUUCUCAGCAUUCCUCUCAGCUCUCCUCUGGUGAAUCGUCUCGCUCCAGCAGCCCCAGCCUUGACGACUCCUCUUGUGAUUCGCAGGUCUCCGAGGGCACUCAGGCCCUCUCGGAGCCUGAUCUUUCCCCUGCCUCUCAGGGAGAGACGGAGGCCAGCAUACACCACACCUCUCACCCACCAUCUCCGCCAUCUGAGCCAGAGCCAGACCAUGUUGUUUUGUUGGAGCAUAGCAGGCGGGGUCGCAGAGGUCAGAGUCACAGGAGGGGGGCUUUAGUGGCACGUGGUAGGGGCAGCCUGAUAAGUGGAAGGAAACAGGCCAUCAUCAGUCCAGCCACAGGGGUUUUAAUGUCAUCUUCAGUUUCACUGGCUGGAUCUCAGCAAGCCUCUUCCACAGCAUCCUCCUCCCCACCUCCUCUUCUCAGCCCUCCUCAGCCUCCCCAGGCAGCUUCAUCCAGUGCAUCUGAGCAUCACUUCCACUCUCCAUGGAUGAUGCCACAUUCCAUUGCCCCCUUCCUGCCCACCCCUUCGAUGCUCUCUAGCUCUCAUGACAAACGGCGCUUUAUACUACGGGAGCCCACUUUCCGCUGGAAAUCUUUAUGUGCAGAAAAUAAGUACUUCUCCUCUGCCAAGUAUGCAAAGAAGGGCCUUAUUCGCAAGCCGACUUUUGACAACUUUCGUCCUCCACCACUCACUGCUGAGGAUGUGGGACUCAUGCCUCCAGGGCCUGGUGGAGGUGGUGUCACACCAGGAGGAUUCCCUGCACCAGGUGGUGCAGCUGGGGCAGGUACCAGACUUUUCUCCCCCAUGCAUCAUCAUCAUCACCACCACAAUCAUCACCAGCAUCCCUCGUCACGGUUGGAUACUCCUCUCCAAAAGCGCAGCCCCCUACUGCGCCCCCCUCUCUUCACUCCAAGUGCGGCUCAUUCCCGCAUCUUUGAGUCAGUCACGCUCCCAUCCUCCUCAGGGAGCAGCCCAGGCUCUCUGUCUCCUCUUCAGGUCUCACCAACAUCAAACAAAAAGAAGGGGUUGAGGUUCUCGCGUGGACAACCUAGGUCACCCUCACACUCCAUGACUACAAGGAGCAGUCAGUCAGGAGUUCAGAUAGGAAAAAACAACCCUGAACAACCCAUGUUAAGCAGUUCUGUUCCCAUAAGCGUGACUGGUAAUUCCAGCCCUUUGCCUGGAGUUGCAGUCAGUCCAGUUGGUGCCAGUGCCUUAACAGCAACUUUCAGCAACUUCCCCUCAGGCUCCAUUGGCCUUACGAGCCAUGGGGUUUCCGAAGGGCGACGAGCUGCUGGGGGUCUCUGUGUGAGUGGGAGUUCUGCUUCAUCUUCACAGCUAUUCCCUCUUUUUACCUCCAGUCCACAAGCUUCAGGUGGGGGUACUGGAAAAGCAGGAAGGGAACGGAGUGUCUCUGCUUCUAGAGACACAGGUCCAAAGGACAAGGCCCAGGAGAGGGAAAAGAGUAGGGAGCGUGAAAAGGAAAACAAAAGAGAUGGAAGAAAGGAUUGGGAUAAAAGAGGGAAGAGCCUUUCAUCAGAAGCUUCCCCCAGUUCUACAUCCAGCCUCUUUGCGGUGGAGGUGAGGGACAUUGAAAAAACUCUCACCCAGAAAAGAACUCCUGGUCGAAAGAAGUCUGGCACGGUUGAGACCGGUGCGGAGGCCUCCCCAAGCGACUCAGUCGAGCAACCAGUUGGGGCCUUGUCAUCCAAGGGUCGUCUGCAUAAAAAAGGCAGACCUUUAGAGAAGAGUAUUGAAACUGAGGGAGUAGAGAGGGAGAAGGACAAGGAGAGGUUGAGUGCUCCUAUCCUGGUGGGGCAGAUGGGAAAACCCCCUGCCACCACAUCACUGGGAUCCAUGUUAGCUCGUGCUGAAAAACAGCCAGUCACAGACAGGCGUGUUGUAGGACUGCUGAGAAAGGCAAAAGCUCAGCUCAAUAAAAUAGAAAAGAGAGAGUUACAACCUGGUGAUCAGCCCAAAUUGCAGGGUCAGGAAAGUGACUCCUCUGAGACGUCAGUUCGUGGUCCACGCAUUAAGCAUGUGUGUCGUCGUGCAGCUGUAGCUCUGGGUCGCAACCGUGCUGUGUUCCCAGAUGAUAUGCCCACCCUUAGUGCCUUGCCAUGGGAGGAGAGAGAAAAGAUCUUGUCUUCCAUGGGAAAUGAUGACAAAUCGUCAGUGGCAGGGUCAGAGGAGGCAGAGCCACCCACACCUCCCAUUAAGCCAGUAACAAGGCAGAAAACAGUCCAGGAGGCUCCACCCAGAAAGGGCCGCCGCUCUCGACGCUGCGGGCAGUGUCCAGGCUGCCAGGUCCCAAAUGACUGUGGGGUCUGCACAAACUGCCUCGAUAAGCCCAAAUUUGGGGGACGAAAUAUUAAAAAGCAAUGCUGCAAAGUAAGGAAGUGUCAAAACUUGCAGUGGAUGCCAUCAAAGUUUCUUCAGAAGCAAGAAAAAGGUAAAAAGGAUAAGAAGAAGAAUAGAUUGUCAGAAAAAAAGAAUGCACAUCACAAUGUCAAAUCUCAGUGUUCUGAAGCAAGUCCCAAACUAGCCACUCCUCAUUCAAAGGAUGACCCUCCCCAUAAGAAAAGUGAAACUCCACCACCUGUGCAAGGAGAAGACAAACAAAAGCAGGCACAAUCAACAUCACCAUCCUCACUAGCCUCUUCCCCAAAGCAACCUCCGCUCUCUAGUCCUUCUGAUGAUCCCAAGCUUUCUCAGGCCCAUUUGAGCUCAGCCUCCAGAAAAGAACGGAAGCAGCAGCCCAGUCCUUCAUCCACAUCUUUGCAUGCUGCUUCAUCUUCCCCACCAGCACAGUCCCAGCACUCCUUGCAGCAGCAAAACCAAAUGCCAGCAAAAAGGGAAGGCCUUGCAAAGUCCCAGACCAAUGAACCCAAGAAGAAGCCUCAGCAACAAAGUAAUUCCAGCUCUGCCACAGACACAGCAUCCGAAGCAAAACUAAAGAAACAGAGCACUCGACGUGUGCAACCACCCAAGCCUAAACCAAAGGAGAAGGAGAAACAAAUACCCACCAAACCUGACGUUUGUACUUUAAACUCCUGGAGCACUCCCUCGACUUGGGGCACCACCAAGCAGAAAGCACCCUGCGAUGGAGUGCAUCGAAUCAGAGUAGAUUUCAAGGAGGACUUUGACAUUGAGAAUGUGUGGGAGAUGGGUGGGCUCAGCAUUCUCACCUCUGUGCCAAUCACCCCGCGGGUGGUGUGCUUUCUUUGUGCCAGCAGCGGUAACGUAGAGUUUGUUUUCUGUCAGGUGUGCUGUGAACCCUUCCACCUCUUUUGCUUGGGAGAGACCGAGCGCCCCCAUGAGGAACAGUGGGAAAACUGGUGUUGUCGCCGAUGUCGCUUUUGCCAUGUCUGUGGCCGGAAAUAUCAGAAAACCAAACAGCUACUGGAGUGUAAUAAGUGCCGAAACAGCUAUCACCCUGAGUGCCUGGGACCCAACCACCCUACCAGACCCACCAAGAAGAAAAGAGUCUGGAUUUGCACCAAGUGUGUGCGCUGUAAGAGUUGUGGAGCCACCAAACCAGGAAAGGCCUGGGAUGCCCAGUGGUCACAUGAUUUUUCUUUGUGUCAUGACUGUACCAAACUCAUUGCUAAAGGAAAAUUCUGCUCACUCUGUAAUAAGUGCUAUGAUGACGAUGACUAUGAUAGCAAAAUGAAGUGUGGGAAGUGUGAGCACUGGGUGCAUGCCAAAUGUGAAAGUUUAACAGAUGAUAUGUAUGAGCUCUUGUUGAACCUGCCUGAGAAAGUGGCCUACACCUGCAUAAACUGCACUGAGCGCCAUCCUGCUGAGUGGCGCACUGUCUUGGAGAAGGAAACUGAGAAGUCCAUGCGCCAAGUUCUCACUGCCCUGCUCAACUCCCGCACAUCCACUCACCUGCUUCGCUACAGACAAGCGGUUAUGAAGCCCCCUGAGCUGAAUCCAGAGACUGAAGAGAGCCUUCCCUCACGCCGGUCCCCGGAGGGCCCUGACCCUCCUGUGCUGACAGAGGUCUUGCCACCAAAUGAUUCGCCACUUGAUUUAGAGUCUGUGGAGAAGAAAAUGGAUUCUGGACGAUAUAAAUCUGUUCUUGAGUUCAGUGAUGACAUUGUGAAAAUCAUCCAGACAGCCAUUAAUUCAGAUGGAGGUCAACUAGAGAGCAGGAAGGCCAACAGCAUGAUCAAGUCCUACUUUAUUCGGCAAAUGGAGCGGAUUUUUCCAUGGUUCAAAGUGAAGGAGUCCAAAUUCUGGGAGACGCACAAAGUCUCUCCCAAUAGUGGACUACUUCCCAAUGCUGUCCUGCCCCCUUCUUUGGAUCACAACUAUGCCCAGUGGCAGGAGAGGGAGGGUAUAGCCAGGGCUGAGCAGCCUCUGCUCAUGAAAAAGAUCAUCCCUGCUCCCCGGCCUAAAGCCUCUGGAGAGCUUGACUCUCUGAUAGCCCCCACACCACCACCACCUCCACCACCCAUGCAAAUCCAUGAUCUCAGUCAUGAAGACAGCCCUGAACUCCCCCCUCCUCCUGGUGUCAGUGACAACAGACAGUGUGCACUUUGUCUAAAUUAUGGAGAUGAAAAUAAAAAUGACUGUGGGAGACUGCUUUAUAUUGGCCAGAAUGAGUGGACCCAUGUGAAUUGUGCACUUUGGUCAGCAGAGGUGUUUGAGGAUGUCGACGGUUCUCUAAAAAAUGUACAUGUGGCAGUCACCCAAGGAAAACAGCUGCGAUGUGAGAAUUGUCACAAACCUGGAGCCACAGUGAGUUGCUGCCUGACUUCCUGUGCCAGCAGCUACCACUUCAUGUGUGCACGUCAGCAGCAGUGUGCCUUUUUAGAGGACAAGAAGGUUUACUGUCAGCAUCAUAGAGAUCUGAUAAAAGGCGAGGUGGUGCCGGAUUCAGGCUUUGAGGUGACUCGGAGGAUCCUUGUGGACUUCAGUCUGAGGGAAUCAGAGGGAAUCAGUCUGAGAAGGAAGUUUCUUAAUGGGCUUGAACCAGACAACAUCCACAUGAUGAUAGGGUCUAUGACCAUCGAUUGUCUUGGCAUGCUAACUGAGCUGUCAGAUUGUGAGAGGAAGCUAUUUCCUGUGGAAUAUCAAUGCUCGAGGGUCUACUGGAGUACUCAAGAUGCCCGUAAGCGCUGUGUCUAUAAAUGUAGAAUUCUGGAAUGCCGUCCCUCUGUGACAGAAACUGUCAGUAAUUGCACUCAAGAGAACAACCGCACAGUUGCUCAUAGUCCUCCACCUGUUUCAGCUGAAGUGGACACUGCUUUGCCUGGACUCACAGAUUCCAUUAAACCCCAGAAUGUGCCUUCCACACCAAAACCGAGGGUUUAUUUUAGGAACAGACACCCCAGCUACCCACCAUGUCUUCAUUCCCCCUCUAACAAACCACUUCCCUCCCCAGAUGGUUUUAGCAGUUCCACCCAUGAAUUUGUGACUGUUGGGGACCCUCUGCUGAGCUCCAGUCUACGAAGCAUCGGAUCUCAUAGGCACAGCACUUCCUCUGUGUACCUUCAGCCAUCUAAGCAAAAUAUUUCCUCCUGUCCACAGGGAGGCACAGUAUCCAGUAAGACAAGCAAUCUGUCUAUGCCCUUUCUGUCUACAGCCUCCAAGGAACCAUUAGCCAGAGACACAAAAAUGGGAAGAGCACCAUCUGGAGACAGAUCCCACAGUCGAGAGGCAAAUACAGUAAACAGUGGGGCACAAAGUCGGCUCAGUUUUGGUUUCAAGGAAAGAAUGGAUGAUAGUAGACAAGUAACCAAAAAGCAGUCUGAGGGUGAAAGUUUGAAAUCAUUGCAACCAGCUAGCGUAAGUCAGGUGUCACCACCUCUCGGUACUGCAGUUUUGACAGGACAUCAGAGAGGAAGUGGCAGUCUGAAAACUGAGAAAGGGAAGCAAACCACAAAAGAUACUGACCUACCAGCCGGAGUCACUUUUACAUCUAGUCAUCCACCUGCCACUCUUCCAAAAGACAAAACUAAUCUAGUCAAGGAGGGAAAUGUGACAUCAGUGCCUGCAUCAAAAGAAACAGGAAAGACUGGGUCUCCUCAAUGGAUUUACAGCAAAAGUGGAGGUAGGAAGUCCCAUGACUAUGUGUCUGGCCUAGCUACGGCAGCAUCUAUGAAGCCACUCUGGUCAUCUGGUGCCAAGGUGGGUGAAGAUGAUGUAAAGCAUGGCUUCCAGGCAAGUCCUGCCAACAUUUCUAGUCAUGGAACCCCAAGCACCAAAGAAAAACAGUCCAAAGUGAAUGUGAGCAGGGAUGUUUCAAAAGAGACUACUCAAAACAGAAACCCAGUUUUCAACAGCAAUUCUAAAGGCAGUAAUGUCAAAAUACAAAGUCAAGGUCCACCUGCACACAACAGUAGCAAUAAAGACACAGCACUGAGCAGUAAUGCAGUUCCUGGCUCAGUAGAAGUUAAUAAAUGUGAUCAGAAGGAUGGGGAGAAGCCAUUAAAGUUCAAAGAGAGAUUUAGCUUUGAGAAAAUGCAUAGUUCAGCAGUGGAGGCAAUUCAGCCAAAAGCAGGGGCAGAGAGAGGUAUUAGACCACCACAGCUACACCCUAAAUCAAGUAAGGAAGUUACUACAGUUGAGAAGAAAUGUGCAGAGAGGUUGCCUCUAAUUUCUCAGAAAAUGGACCCUAAUGGGACCAAAGUUGUCAGCAUAACCCCCAACACAAACACAUUUUCUUCCAUUACUACUGGCACCCAGGGCCCACAAAGAAGGUCUUCUCGGGCAAUGGUUUUCUCCCCAUCUGCAAGCUCUGAAAGCUCUGAGUCAGACAGCCACAUGCACCCCGAUGAUUCUGAGGAGCACCUAAAAAACCACCAGUGUGCUGAUGAUGGGGAGGACCACAACUUGGAGGAUGAAGGCAGUGCUGACAAACACCAUGAGGACGACAGUGACGGUUCGGCAGGUUCGGCAAAGCGCCGAUACCCAAGGCGGAGUGCCCGUGCUCGAUCUAACAUGUUCUUUGGACUAACCCCUUUCUACGGUGUGCGAUCAUAUGGUGAGGAAGACAUACCCUUCUACAGCAGUGGGGAAAUCUCAAUGAAGAAGCGGACAGGGAGCAGCAAGCGCUCCGCUGAAGGACAAGUAGAUGGGGCAGAUGAUAUGAGCACAUCUUCCUCAGCAGACAGUGGAGAGGAUGAAGAGGGAGGAAUUGGUUCAAAUAAGGACGCGUAUUAUUACAACUUCACACGCACUAUCAUAAACCCAAACUCUAGUCUUCCACCUAUUGCGGGUAUUGAUCAAUGUUUAGGAAGAGGGUCACAGAUCCACAGGUUCUUAAGAGAUCAGGCAAAGGAGCAGGAAGAUGAGAGUGAUGAGGUGUCAACUGCAACCAAGAAUUUGGAACUCCAACAAAUUGGUCAGCUGGAUGGUAUUGACGAUGGGUCUGAGAGUGACAUCAGUAUAAGCACCAGCAGCACAACCACUGCUACAACUUCAUCCACACACAAAAGUUCUACCAAGAGGAGGGGCAGAGAAAGUCGGACAGAAAAAUUAAGCAUUGAAUCAGGGAAAGAGGCAGAGAAUACCACAAGUGGAGGGGGAGGAGGCUGUAACAGUCAAAACACUCGUAAAAACCAGAAAGAUAAUUGUCUUCCAUUAGGGAGUGUGAAAACACAGGGACAAGACCCUCUUGAAACUCAGUUGACACUAACCACAGAUCUCCUGAAGUCUGACUCUGAUAACAACAACAGUGAUGACUGUGGUAACAUCCUACCCUCUGAUAUUAUGGAGUUUGUGCUGAACACCCCCUCAAUGCAGGCUUUAGGACAGCAGACAGAAGCUCCCUCUACGGAACCCUUCUCUUUAGAUGAGAGUUAUGGGGUGGAUGUUAACCAAAGAAAGGACAUGCUUUUUGAAGAUUUCACUCAGCCACUGGCCAGUGCUGAACCUGUAGAGAGUGGGGUCAACACCUCCAUUGCUGUAGAAGAGUCAUAUGGUCUUCCUCUUGAGCUGCCCUCUGACCUCUCUGUGCUAACAACUCGAAGUCCCACAGUAAAUAACCAAAAUCAUGGCUCACUCAUUUCUGAGACUUCAGAGCGCACCAUGCUGACUCUGGCCACAGAGGAAUCGGUAGAAGAAAAAAGUGAGAAGAAACAGAGAACAGGGUCCACUGCAUCCAGUAAAAGCCCACAGGACUGUUGCAGAGACUCACAGGUUGCAGAAGGUCAUAUGACUCCAGAACAUUUCAUUCCUUCAGGCAUUGAUGGUGACCAUAUCACUAAUCCAGGAGUAGUACCUGUGGGAGAGACAGGGAACCAAGAUCUGACAAGAACUACUAGCACACCGGGUCUACCCAGCUCACCCACCCUGCCCCUCCAGAGUCAGAAGUUCAUCCCUGCUGCCACAGUUAGCUCGGGACCCUCUCCGAUUGCAAGCUCUGCUGUUCAAACGACAACCUCUCAAUUGAAGCCUGGCUCAGAGAAACUGAUAGUGCUAAACCAGCAUCUGCAGCCACUCUAUGUAUUGCAGACCCUUCCCAAUGGUGUAACUCAAAAGAUCCAAAUUGCACCAUCUGUUAGUGGAACAGGUGUCAUAAACACUAGUGCCCCUGUUUUGACGGGCAUCAGUGCUGGCAUCUCCACCUCUCAGUCCAUUUUUCCUGCUGGUGGCAAAGGUUUAGUGCCUGUAUCUCAUCACCCACAAAUCCAUGCCUUCACGAGCACCACUCAGACAGGUUUCCAACCAGUUAUUCCUAGCACCACAUCAGGCCUCCUUAUCGGAGUCCCCUCCCAUGAUCCCCAGAUUGGCGUGACUGAGGCAGGACAUAGGCAUGAUCAUUCCCCUAGUGUUGCUAUGGUAUCUAGUGCCUCCUCCAUCAACCCAAGUCCAACUAUGCUACCCACUGGGCAUGGCAAGAAACGGCCCAUUUCUCGUCUUCAGUCUCAUAAAAGCAAGAAACCAGCUCGUACAAAGAGCCAACCCACACUUGCUCCUUCAGAUGUUGGGCCCAAUAUGACCCUCAUAAACCUCUCACCUUCACAGAUUGCUGCAGGAAUCCCUGCACAGACAAGCCUGAUGGAACUAGGAACAAUAACCACGACUGCCACAUCUCAUCGCAAAAUUCCCAACAUCAUAAAACGGCCGAAACCAGGGGUAAUGUAUAUCGAACCUACUCUUCUACCACAACCUAUGCCCAUUUCAACCACAGCUCAGCCUGGAAUGUUGGGACAUGAUUCCUCAACUCACCUGCUGCCAUGCACUGUGUCAGGGCUCAACCCAAACCAGUCCGUUUUGAAUGUGGUGUCGGUGCCUUCCAGUGCACCAGGAAACUUUUUGGGAGCAAGCUCUAUAUCACUGAGUGCCCCAAGCCUCAUUAACUCUACUGAGAUCACAGGACCUAUAAGCAACCUUCUUAUCAAAGCCAACCCUCACAACCUGGGCCUUCCAGAGCAACAGAUGGUUCUUCAUUCAGGAACACCCAUGAUGUCUCAGCUAACUAAUCCUGUCCAGACAUCCAUCACCAGUAGCAUCUGUGUUUUUCCUCCAAACCAAAGCAUAAGCAUGUCUGUCAACCAGCAGGUGGAGAAAGAGUGCAGUGUUCAUCUUCAGCACACAGUCAGUCGGGUCUUGGCAGAUAAAACCUUUGACCCAAAUGCAAAUUUGAGUGGUCAAGUGUCUUUUGCCCCUAAUCCCAUUGCUUCAGACCUGAACAAAGGCCAUGUGGUUGGAGUACUCACUAAGAGCUCAAGAACAUCUCCCAUCUCUCGACCACCACAUCAGCAGCAACACUUGAAAUCAACUGCUGGAGCAACAUCCACAGCUGUUGGUAAAGGAAAACAAAAGACCAAAAGGCCUCGGGGGAGCCCCGAUAAGACCAGUGGAAAGAAGCAUAAGGGGCAUCAUUCAGAUACACCAACUGUUGAUGCCUCUGCAAUCCAGAUCUUCCCAGGGGACCAAGAACUUUCAUCACCUGAGCCAAUGGAUACAGGACAGUCUAAUGAAACGGGUUCAAAAAAGAGUGAUUCUGCCACUAUGACAGCUGAGUCCUCUGCUCUUAAACUUAAGACCAUACACAUUCAUGAUGAGAAUCCAAAGACUGCAGGACUGCCUGGUAAGGCUGAUGGGAAAAGAUCUGAAGCAUUCUCAGUGGAAACACCUGAUCAGAGGGACAAUGGGAGAGACUCUUCUCUAGACUACAAGAAAGGUCUCAUAUUUGAAAUCUGCAGUGAUGAUGGAUUUCAGAUUCGAUGUGAAAGUAUUGAGGAGGCCUGGAAGUCCCUGACAGAUAAGGUGCAAGAAGCUCGGUCGAAUGCAAGACUUAAGGCACUUUCAUUUGAUGGAGUGAAUGGGUUGAAGAUGCUGGGUGUGGUUCAUGAUGCUGUAGUGUUUCUGCUAGAGCAGCUAUAUGGAGCCAGGCAUUGCCGAAACUAUAGAUUCCGCUUCCACAAACCUGAGGAGCCAGAUGUCCCUCCAAUCAACCCUCAUGGAUCUGCCCGUGCUGAGGUGUACCACAGGAGGUCAGUUCUGGACAUGUUUAAUUUCCUGGCAUCCAAACACCGUCAGCCGCCUGAAUACAACCCACAGGAGGAAAAUGAGGAGGAGAUGCAGCUAAAGUCUGCUCGACGGGCCACCAGCAUGGACCUGCCACUACCUGUAAGGUUCAGGCACUUAAAGACAACAUCCAGGAAGACUGUAGGUGUCUACAGAUCAGCUAUACACGGCAGAGGUCUGUUCUGCAGAAAGAAUAUUGAUGCUGGAGAAAUGGUGAUAGAAUAUUCCGGAAAUGUCAUUCGCUCUGUCCUCACUGACAAGCGGGAGAAGUACUAUGAUGGCAAGGCAAUUGGCUGCUACAUGUUUUGUAUCGAUGACUAUGAGGUGGUGGAUGCCACCAUGCAUGGAAAUGCAGCCCGUUUCAUUAACCACUCCUGUGAGCCCAACUGUUACUCCCGCGUGGUCAACGUUGACAGUCAGAAGCACAUUGUCAUUUUCGCCAUGCGCAAAAUCUGUAGAGGCGAGGAGCUCACGUACGAUUACAAGUUCCCUAUUGAGGAACCAGGCAAUAAGCUGCCUUGCAACUGUGGAGCAAAGAAGUGUCGCAAGUUCCUCAAUUAACUCACGAGCUAAGACCAGUUGUGAAAUGCUAUCAAGAGUGUAUACUUUCAAGGAAAGAGACAUUUUAAAUGUUUUUUUUGUUUUUUAAUUGAAGCAGGCUCAGGUUAUGAGAGGGUUAAUGGUAUUGUGCCUCUUAAGAUUUGUUUGAUUUUAAAAAAGGCAAUUGAACAGAUUCAUUAUGGGAAGGAUGUCCUUUAUUUCCCCUUAAUCAAUGCCCAAUUUAAGAGAUUAGUAACUUUUGUAUAUGAUCUUUUAUUUGUUUUUCUUUUGUUCUGUUUUAAGAAGGAUAUUGUGAACAAUUGAAAAUUUGUAAUAUUUAGAGUCUGGCCUGCCCUUACUUAAGGAGUGUGACAAAUUACUGAAGAAUUGCCACAUCGUUCCAUUUUACACCAAAGUGCAAUUUUGUAAGGGAAAGAUUGAAUCCUUUUAUUUUGAUGAACUGCAAUCAAAACAUAACACUUUUUUUUUUAAGCCUGACCUGUUUAGACAUCUCUCUCUUUUUGAAUGUACAUUUAAAGCCUUUAUGGUGGUCUUUGCCAAGCUGGACCUGAUUCUCUAAAUGGAAGGCAUUGUAAAUAUAAUUUCAGAGAUAAUGGUGAGGGAAACACUAGGGGGAGCAGUGGUCCCAGGAAUAGAUCACUUGGAGAAAUGAGUAUACUUGUACUGUGUUUGAAGAAUAGGCCGGCAAAGGGAUUGUGGCCUUUAGGGGCUGGCUGGGCAGAGAUCCUGGUGGACUGACAGCCAGUGGACCAGAGCAAUUUCUGAAGUCUGGGGGGGACUACUUGUUUUUAUUUACUAUCCAUUUUUAUUGCAAUUCAGAUGGAAAGUAGCUAAAUCUUGUAUUGAAAAUGAAUUAUAAUUUGCAUGUUUUAAGGCAUUUUAUGAAAGCUAGUAGGAUUUAAUUGUUCUUGGCCAAAUGCUAUAACCAAUUUAUUUAUUGUGUCUCUGCGGUAGGGGGAUUAUUUCUCCCUAAGCUGUAGUUAUGUACACAAUACAUGUUUAUUUGAGGCAAUUUGAAACUUGACAAUUUUUUUUCUCUCUCUUGUGUCAUUGACAAAGAAAUAUCAUUUUUUAAUAUGUAAAUAAAAUGUAUAUUUUUCUAUACAAAGGACUAAACAAAGCACUCAUUGGUGAAUGGCACUUAACAAUGGUAUUUAUAUUUUUAAUAAAACGUAUUUAUUUUAUCAGCAUUUUUGUAGGAAAUAGAGAUUUACAACACUAAUGCUUUGUCAGACAUUUUUAUAGCACUGUCUCAAAAUAUUUUUUUUUUUCGUUAGAUUUUUUUGUUUUGUUUUGGGUUUUUUUUUUGUAGGCUGAAUGUUUCUUUCUAUUCCAAAGACUGAAGCAGUUACUGUUCCCACAGAGUGCGGUCCACCAGUGGCUCUCAUUGCCAACCCAUGUCAAGCAUGGACAUUUCAAAAAUUUCAGAAAAGAGUGUAGGUUUAGUGAGCUAUGAAGCAUUUGAGGGAGGGCAGAUCCUUUUUGAAUUGACUCCCUCCUUUGUGCCAGCCUUAAAAUCACAUACAGGAAGGCCCGCCUUCCCCUAAAAUGCCCUCUUGUGUUUUGUAAACUUAAGCGCAUCUUCUCUGAAAGGGAAAAAGUGUGAAAGAUGUAUAAAAUUGUUCUCUACCGUUCGAGCAACUGAAAAGUCCUAAAGUUUAUUCCAUAUAUUUUGUUAUAUCAAAAUAUUUUCGUAAAGAUUGGUGAAAUGCAAGGAAUUCGCCACGGAGGCUAUCCCAUAUAAACCUACUUUUAAAGCACUAUAUAUAUGGAGGAAUGGAGGGCAGAGGCUUGGUCUUGUGCACUGAAGAUCAGUCUUCUUCCCAGUCUUCUUCAACACAUGUUGCCUUGACACUGCAUGGACGCUCCAGCUAGCCAUUCAGUCAGUGCACAUUAUGUGCUCGUAUCAUCUCACUCAUUUCUCUUUUAAAUGUAGACCCCCACCUCCUUACACUCGUCCCCAUCUGUGCCCUUUUCAGGGCCAAAGCUGUGUUUGACCCUAAUUCACCGAAACAGAUGUGGUUUUAUUAUUUUGUGGAUGCUCUAUGGAUUGUUCUUCCAUGGUUCUUCCGUCUUUCAGAUCAGAUGUUUGGUGCCUUCUCAGUCAAUUUCUUUGUUUAUGGGUAUACAAUCCACUUGUAAUUUGACCCUAUUUUAUUUUUUUAAUGUAAAGCUACGAUGCUUUUUCAAAGGAUGCGGAUGGGUAUUGCAGAAUACCUUGGGAUCUGCACAUGCCUCUAGAUAAAGCUGCUUUGUGCAACUGUGGCUUCCUUAGAAAGCCCCCAUCAAGGCCAGUUCCUUUUUGUUUCAUUGCCUCGUAAUUUUAACUCUAAUACAAAUGUAUAAUUUUUUUUUAUUGGCCUCUGCAGACACCCCCUCCCCUCCCAGUUCUCACUGUGCCUAGGCUGCAAUAAUUUCGAUAUUUCCCAGCAUUUCUCUGUUGACUAUGGCACUGAAGAUCAAUAGAGUUCUGUACGUUGCCUCUGUGUUUUUGGCUGCUGUAUCAAUGCCUCGUGUUUGUAUACAUGGUUGUACUCAUCAGUUCUUUAUGGAAUUGCGGUUUAGCCAUCUUUUUCAGGGAUACUUGGGGGGUGGGGGGUCUGCCUGACUUUACUCUUGCUCUGGCACCCCUGUUGAACAGGGAUGUGUUAAACUCUGCAGCUUGGCCUUUGUUGAAUGUAUAUUUUAAUUUGCAAUUUGUAUGAUUUUAUUCUUUUUAAUUGUUUUGUUUAAACAUGAAAGGCUGGGAAGACACGGGACAGCUUUGUUUUUCAUAAAAUAAGGAGGAUUAUUCAGCAGUGGCAAUCUUUGCAGGGUUAUACAGAAGCUAUUGCUCAGUCUAACAAAAUAAGAUUUUUAUUUUAUUAGUAAUAUAUUUUUUUUUUUAUUUUUUUUUUUUUUGGUAAUGCAGUUACUUAUCCUAAGGGCUUUGUAAUAGACUCCUGCACAGACAUCAACACAAUUUCAGAUGCUCCAUAAACUGGUGUAACAUACUCGGACAGUGUUUCAGAAACAGACAUGCUCUGUUGUUUCUUGGACUUUACUCUCUUCCACACCACACAAGUGGUACCACACCUUCUCCUGUAAUUCUGUUCUACAGUAUAUACAAUAUACAUAGAUAUACAUAUAUAUAUAUAUAAACUAAACGUGUAUGAAUAGUAACUUGUACUUCAAUAUCUACACAAUAUACGGAAUGGGCAGACAAACCUAGUUACAGUAGCAAACAGCAACUUCAUAAUGGUUAAUUACAUUGUUCAGUGUAUAAUCUAUAAUGGUUUUGUGUUACAGAUAAAGUUUAGAGUAACUAAUGUGCAACGUUUUUAAUAUCAAGAUCAAGAACCAGUUUUCCUGUGCCUGUGUAUGCUCCCUCAAAAGAGCAUUGCAGUUUUUUUUUUUUUUUUUUUGUUUGGAAAGGAGCGGUAUUUAUAUUAUGAAAAAAGUUCAUGUAAAUGUGGUUGUAAACUUUUAGAGCUUUGAUGUUUUGUUUGCUUUUUGAUGGUGUUGUCGGCUUUAUUUUUACUCUUUGUACAUUUUUAAUAGUUUGUGGACAUCAGGAAAAAAAAAUGUCCUUGCCUAAACCCAGCCAUGUCACCUAUACCUCUCUCUACUAUUAGAACUUAAGUUGUACUUUUCUUAUGUGAUGUUCUGUAAUAAGUAAUGGUAACCAUUCUAUUUAUUUAUUCCUGCAAACUUUGAAACCUCUCUAGAUGUACACUGAGGUAAAGUGGUAAAUUAAGCUCCCUCUGAGAGCAGGUGACAGUGCUUCCUGUUAUUGGAAAUGUAUCAUGGUUCACUUUGUACAGAAAUGUGUUGUGGACCAUCGGCUGUACUUUUUUAGGGAGUGAGAGCGGUUGGAGCCUGAAGAGGGAGAGAUUUUAAAUUGUUCCUUGUGGAGGAAGUUUUCCUUUGUCUUUACACACUUCCUUUCCCCUGCAACUUCAGGAGAUCAUGUGGAUAUUGAUGCUGAGAGUUUAAGGGUUUUUAUUUUUUUUAUUUUUUUCUCUCCAAGUUGCCCCAUCAGUGUUUUACGAUUUUACAGAAAAAUGAAGGAAAAUUUGUUCAUCUAAAAUAGUCAACCACAAACUACUUAAGAAUGAAUGUAUAAUGAGGAAAAGAAAUUGUACAUAACUGUAAAAAGGAAAGUUUCUAAUCAUGUUUAUUUUCUAUGCACUUUUUUUAUUUAAGUGAUAGUUUAAAUAAUAAACAUGUCUCGUUACUCAAA